AGCGUGAAGCUGUGUUGAAGGAACACGUGACUGACUAGGGGAAAAGGAAUGAAAGGCUAAAAAGAAGUAAAGGCGAAAAAGACGCUUCAACAACACCGUAAGUGUACCAUUUGCAGUAUUUAUCCAUCUCCAGCCGGCAGAGGAGCGAAAGGGGAUGGUGAAUUCUGACCUCCAAGGCUGUUGUGAGGUCAAACAGGCCUGCGGUAAAGGGUUCACCAAUUGGAUAUGAGAGCUAUCUAACACCCCUGUGGAGAAGGAGUGAUGAAGCUGAACGAACGUAGUGUGGCUCACUAUGCCACCUGCGACUCGCCACCAGACAAGACAGGCUUCCUGUUCAAGAAGGGGGAGCGAAACACAGCCUAUCACCGGCGCUGGUUGAUCCUGAAGGGCAACAUGCUGUUCUACUUUGAGGAGCGUGAGAGCCGGGAACCCAUCGGCGUCAUCGUGUUGGAGGGCUGCACCGUGGAGCUCUGCGAGUCAGCUGAGGAGUUCGCCUUCGCCAUCAAGUUUGACUGCGCCAAGGCUCGUGUCUACAAGAUGGCGGCGGAGAACCAGGCGGCCAUGGAGUCGUGGGUGAAGGCUCUGUCGCGAGCCAGCUUCGACUACAUGCGCCUGGUGGUGCGGGAGCUGGAGAGGCAGCUGGAGGAGAUCCAGGAAGGGGCUGGUGGGCUGCAGGGCAGGCCCAAGUCCUCCAGGAAGGCAGGGGGGGUGGCACGCUCCAAAUCGGGAGCAUCAUUCAGCGCUUCCACCGUGCCCUCUACCCAGGUUACAGGUGCAGCGCUCGCACAGGGGGCAGCUCAUGCCCGCAGCCUUCAGGAGGAGGUGCAGCUCCUGUCCGGCGCCUCUAAAGAGAACGGGGUGGCCUGGAGCAAGCCUUCUGCUCUGGUCAAUGGGUGCAGUGAAGGCCCCCACUCUGGUGUGCCGUGGGAGGGGAACGGAGGGGGCGAUGGGGUCAGGCCUCCGCCCGUGCCUCCGCGCAGGAGGGGUGCGUCUCUCGAGAGUCCUGUCUCCCCUGGGACGGGGUGCUUCUCCAAACUUCACGACUGGUACGGAAAAGAGGUGGCUGAAUUGAGGGUGGAUUGGCUUCAGAGCCAUUGAGGCGCCUCUCACCUCACAGCCCAGCUGUCAAGCAUUAUUAGAAAGGGGACUUGUCACUUCGCAGGAUUGUUUCACCCCAAAAGACCUUGAUUUUAAUGCCAGAGAGCGUGUCCUUAAAAUUCCAAACCCUUGGGUAGUCUGGGGAGCUGGUUGAUUUGCUAAAAGCAGCACUUUCUUGUAUUUUUAGGUAUCGUGGGCCAGUGGGAAUAUGAUGUGUUGUCCUAUGACUGACUGUCACUACAUUUUUAUGAGACUAUGGUCCUAUUUUUUAUUUAAUUUUUUUAGAAAAGUUUUGUAUUUACUUAUGUCUUAUUCUUUAAUUUUUAUUUUCAAUCAGAAACUACAAUCACUUAUCACUUUUUCUAUCAUUCUUGUUUUCUACCAUUUUUCUAUUCACAAAGGAAAGGAUGACACGUGACUGUUACUGAAUUGAGUAUAUCUUGACAUGAUAAUCAGUAUAUCGGUACAUAUACAUAGUUGAAGAUAUGCAUUUUAUUCAAUUUCACCAGAAGUCUUGAAAGGGGGACCAAAUCAGUAUAUCGGUACAUAUACAUAGUUGAAAAUAUGCAUUUUAUUCCAUUUCACCAGAAGUCUUGAAAUGGGGACCAUUGAAGGAUAAACACAGGUGCAUUCAUUCUUUAUACCACGUUCAUUUUGGUCAAGCAACGGUUUACAUAUUUAGAAAAUGAUUCUCUCUUUUUACCUGUGCCUUGUGAUCUUCCUCCCAAACCUGUCAGUGACAGUCAACACACGUCGAUCCGUCUAAGAAGACUAGGCCUACCCAAUGCCUUUAUAUCUGCCUUUUAUUUUUGCCAAACCACACCUCAGUGCAAUUUUGUUCGUUUGCGACAAUGGCUCAAUCCAUUUGACCAGAUAUAAAGCACAGUAUUACCAUUAGUCACUUCUUUUUUUAUAUACAUUUUAAUUACCAAUAACGGAUUAUUAUUUUUUUUUAAUUAGAGGGGCCUUUUCUGUUUCCUGGUUACGUCAUACUAGACUAGUAGCGUUAGACAAGUCUGUUACUUGUCGUGCAAAAAAUAUGGUAGGACAAGGAAUGGCAAAUUAAGUUGUGGAAAGCCCAUAAAGAUCUGUGACCAGGCUACAGGUGGUUGGUACAGAUGUGAUUGUGACUGGGUGAAAGAUAAUUAGUUGUAUGUUAAUUACUAUGUUUUUAUUAAAUCUAUUUCUCUGACACUAGGAGGACAUUUUGUACUUGCUGAUUAUAUAACUAGUUACAUUUCCCUUUUUUAAUUAUACAAUGAAGGAAAAAACGAUUUGAUCCCCUGCUGAUUUUGUACGUUUGCCCACUGACAAAGACAUGAUUUGUCUAUAAUUUUAA